AGCUUGGGCAACUUCACCAGUUCAAUAAAACCAACGGCAGCUCAAUCGCCAGAGCAGCCAGUUGAACACAAGGAGGAAGACGAUUUAGCACAGCCUGGAACUGUAUUUUGUCUUUUAAUUUCUCGAGGAAAUCAUACGAUACUGCGGAGGCUACGAUACACGAUACACAUGGCUUUCACGUGCUUGCUACGGCCAACUCGAGAGGGAAGCUUCAAAAUUGAUGCGAGAAACUGACGGUAUACUGAGAUGAUUGAACUUCUAUGUUCAGCGACUUUGCAGUCACCGAAGACAUAUCCAUUCUUCCCGCAUUUGACUAGUCUGCUUUCCCUCGAUUGCUAUUUCCUACGUCUCUCGCUUUCGUCAUCAUGCCAACCAGCAGGACGCCUCCCACUCUUCCCCCAGCUGCAUCUGCCCAGGUUGCUCCCUUCCACGGCACCAGCUUUACCGAAGCUCACCCGAACAGGCUGCUUCCUUCACCGGCGGAGAUCAGAGAACGAAACAAAGCAACCGGGCAUCCCAAAGCGAAUGACCCGAACCGGCCCCCGCCGGUUAGGAUCCCUGAACUCGGUCUACUGGUCAAGUACGGAACGCAAGUCGUGCGGGCUGAGGUGGAGGCUCAGCGGUAUGUGUACAAGCACCUGCAGGGUCGUGUUCCGGUGCCCGAGGUGAUGGGCUGGGCCGAGGAUAGUGGCCAAGGCUUCAUCUACAUGGCCCUGGUCAACGCUCCGACUUUAGCGGAACGCUGGGAUGGUUUCACCGACCCUGUAAGGCAGACCAUUUGCAGGGAACUCCGGAGCAUGGUGCAGGCAUGGAGGGGUUUGAGGCAGGAUCCGAGCGACGUCUAUAUUGGUGCUGUCGGAAAACUGCCUCUGAACGACUAUCUUGUCACAGACUACAACAAGCUGAACGGGCCAUGGCUAGGCGGUGACGCUGUACAGGCCUUCCAAGCAGCCUGCAGCAUAGAGAUCGAGGAACAGCUACCGAUUGUUUUCACGCAUGGAGACCUUGUGCCCUGCAACAUCCUCGUAACGCCGGGGACGCAACCCGGAGUGGCUGCGAUCAUUGACUGGGCCCAGGCUGGCUGGUAUCCGUCCUACUGGGAGUGGUGCAAGUGCAAAUGGGUUGGUAUGCCGCUGGACUGGGGCAUGGACGAGGCUCUACAGGAGCAAUGGAAGUACCGCUACCUGCCGAUGAUCGUCGACGCGCUCCCUGACAGUACCGUCUACUACCCCUGGAUGCGGUUUGCACUUUCCAUCGGGUGCUGAACACUGGUGUCUACUUUAAAUUUAAUGGACUAUGACAUGUGAGCUAAUCGAUAUGAUUUGCUGCUAGCUGAUGUGAGAGAUAUUUCGGACCCAGGGACCACGGUUGAAGGGGGCUGCAG